AUGAAGAUCCAAACGGCCAUCGGAAUGGAGCAGAAAGUCCCAUUUGCAGUGAAAGGCGAUGCGAAGGUGAUGUUCAAGCAAGGCGAGGCGAAUGGAUCACCACUUUCCCGAUCAUAUUUGUGGAUCAGGGAUUCCAAAAGAAAUUGGCAUGUUGAAAUUAUGGGAUUUAUGGGUUAUCCUCGUAAGCAUGAUAACUUUCUGAUAGCCAAGUUUGAAUAUCGAAUAAGUGAAGCAGAGCGUGGGCUUAGUAAGGCGACUGUCAUUGCCCUUCACAACGCAUGA